GUUUGGCAUUCCUGUGGCUUUGCUCAUGGUCACUUUGCUAUAAAUUUGCAGUAGCUAUAGCAAAGGCUUUCCAUAUGUGCUCUACUCCUUUCUUUCUGUCAUUUAAGCUCGAGUUGCUUAUUAGUUUUUGGGGUUUGAUAUAUCGAUCCAAUGGCAAACUUGUUCAUCAUCACCUGCUUCAGUUUGCUGCUCUUGGUGGUUUUGGUCUCGUCACCGGUAGCCUCUGUGCCUUUGGAGGUUGGUUUCUACCGGAAAUCAUGCCCCUCGGCCGAGACGAUUGUGAGAGAUACAUUGAAGAAGGCAGCUGCAACCGAUCCUGCCAUAGCUGCUGCCCUCAUCAGACUCCAUUUCCACGAUUGCUUUGUGAGGGGUUGCGAUGCAUCAAUUUUGCUGGAUUCUAAACCGGGGAAGCCAGCUGCAGAAAAAGAAAGCAUGGGAAACAAAGGCGUCCAAGGCUUUGAGGUCAUAGACGAAGCCAAGGCCAGGAUAGAAGCUCAGUGCCCCAACACUGUCUCCUGUGCAGACAUAAUCACCUUCGCUGCCCGAGACAGUGUUUUCACCACCGGGGGAACUUACUAUUCAGCCCCCGGAGGCCGCCGUGACGGAACGGUCUCGUUGGCUUCGGAAGUGAUCAAAAACCUCCCUGAUGCAUUCUUCAACGCAACACAACUGAAGACCAACUUUGCAAGAAAAGGGUUGUCUCUAGAGGAUAUGGUGACACUCUCCGGAGCUCACUCAAUUGGGGACUCACACUGCUCUUCCUUCUCAAAACGACUAUACUCCUUUAACAAAACGCAUGCACAAGACCCUGAGAUAAAUAAGGCUUAUGGGGGGUACUUGAAAUCCAAAUGCCCUAAUGUGAAAAAUGGUGUUGACCCGGUUGUGGCUUUUGAUCCUUUGACCCCAACUUUGCUUGAUAACAACUACUAUAAGAAUUUGGUGAGUCACAAGGGGCUGUUGGCUUCGGACCAGGAGCUUUGGAGCAGUGACUUAACUAGGAAGAUGGUGAAGUACCGCAGGAACCAUCCGAGGAAAUGGGGUUUGGAGUUUGCUGCUGCGAUGGUGAAGAUGGGUUCCAUUGAUGUGUUGGUUGGGAAACAAGGAGAGAUCAGGAAGAACUGCAGGGCCGUGAAUUAAGAAUUUCAGAUAUAUGGCUUAUCUGUGGAAGUCUCAUUAUGUAUUUUUGGAUUCGUGUCAUAAUUUGGUUUAAGUUUUGCUAGUUUGGGCAUACUUCUGGCCCUUAUUUUGGGAAUUU